AUGUGUAUGUUUUGUAAUCAUGAAAAAAAAGGAGGAUUUGAAAAUACAGCAAUAGGAACUUGGUCAAAAGGAAUUAGUUUAAUUUUUUGUUCUUCUAUGUUUUUAUUAUAUUUCAUGAAUGAAGAUGAACUUACUAUAUAUAAUAAAAAUAUACAAGAUGGAGAAUAUAAAAUGAUUUAUUAUUUAAGCAUUUAUAAUUUAAUUGGUGCAUUAGUUUUGUUAUUAUUUUCUAUUUUAGGGCAUUUUGUAUAUAAGCCUCUUUUACGGCCAAUUUAUUUAAGUUCUUUUAUUGUUUCUUUAUUUUUAUUUUCUUCUGGUGUUUAUACCACUUCAAUAAGUAAAAACAUUUCAUUGAAAAUUAUAGGAAUAAUGGAUGCUCUUAAAUUUCAUCCUGAUUACAUGAUACUUAAUAAAAUAAAUAACUUGGGUAUUAGUAGUGAUGUUAUUAUGGCAGAAAAAGAUGCACAUCCAUCUCAUAUUGAUCCAUUUGAUAAAUUUCCUGAUACAUCAUCUUUUGAUGCAUCGAAAGUUUUAGAAAUGAUAAAAGAUCGUCAAUCUUUUCUAGAAAAGAAAAAAGAAAUGCUAUUAAAAACCUUAACUAAAGAAGAUUUAGUAAAAAGUUUUAAAGAUAUAAGAGUUUCUGAAGAUACUGCUUAUAAAAAACUUUUAGAAAAUACUUUAUUAGAGUUAUAUGAUAAAUUAAAAAGUGUUCAUUUAAAUUUUGAUGUAUAUGAUAAUUUUUAUAAAUUUUUAGAAACCAACACUGCUGCUUUUAUUACAAACUCUCAGAAAAUAAAAAGUUUUACAGACAAUUUUCAGAAAAUUGUUAAUGCCUAUAAUAAGUCACUUUUUAACACAUUAAAAUAUGAGUUAGUAAAGCAAGAUAAUCAAAUAAUAAAAAUAUAUUUAGAUUCAAUUGAUAAAAUAAAAGGAGUAAAAUUAAAAAAUAAAAAUGCAAAAUUAGAAGAAUAUAUAGAUGAUUUGAAAAAAAGAAAUAUACUUAUUGUAUCUUCUGUUUUGUUACUAAUGUCUUUUAUUUAUAUUCAUAAGGGAGCAACUUUAACAACAGAAAGUUCUAUGUCAAUAACUUUAAUCUAUGUUCCUUCUAUGUCCUACUUAAUUACUUUGGCAUGCAUUUUUGUUUGCAGUGGAAUUUUUUUUUUUUCCAUAAUAGGACUAAUAUUAUACAUUUUUAGUUUGAUCUUAAUAUUUUUUUUAAUUUUUUCUCAGUGUUUUUGUGAACGUUUAUUUAAGUUAUUUAUGGGAUUUAUAUUUUUAUUUUUAUUUUUUUUUUGUUGUUUAAUUGGGUAUAUUUUAAUUGAAGAUUUUAAUGAAGGAUCCAAAAUUUAUAAUGAGUUCAAAAAAAAUGAUUACAAUGAUUUUUAUUGGGUAUUAUUAAAUAAAAAUACUUAUGAGCAAUUUAAAAGUUUUAUUUUGUUCUCAAAUGGACAUAUGUUUUUGAUAUCUAUAGCUUUAUGUGUUUUUAUGAUAAUAUAUUCUUUAUAUUCUACUUUUUACAAUUUUCGUUCUAUUUGUGCUCGAAAAGAACAGCUUGAUAAUUAUGUUUAA